UUCUCCGUAAGCCGGUCGACGGUGGUGUGGCGUCCCGCUUUAGAAGAGACCGAGUGAGUUUUGAGGGAGGAGGCGUCGGCAUCCCCUGAACCUUUCGAAGGAACACCAGCAAAACGUAAAGCUACGCAAACCGUGUCGUGCCGUGGUGGAGCCGCGCCUUCUAUGUGUCAUCACUUGGCGUGCUUCUUACCCUACAAGGCUCCGCGCCUCAGUGCUUCUUGUUUAUAACACCGUUUCCUAUACAAUCUUUCCCGUUGAACAAACUCCCUGGAAGUAUAAAAGUCUUAAAGUUUGUGUGUUUAACUACGCUGUCAUUAGCGGCACCAGGAUGUUGCUUAAAAAGUGUGACAGCAAGACUUAGUGCAUCAUUGACGUUUAUUGUUAUGUAUGUUCGAACACCGUGUCCGGUUAGGUUGAAAUGUUAGUACGCUCUCAAGAGAGCCUUCAGUUCUGAUCAGAGUCCCGUCGACAAUUAAGGGUAGUUCCCGCGCAACCGUCCAGUAGCAAGUGUCCGUUCGUUCGUGUAGCAUCGUAACUCUCCUCCAAGUAAUGUAGCAGCAUUACUCCUCGCCAAAGCUGUAGAAUAGUCGUAGUUGUGAUCGUAGUUGCCCCCACGGGAAAUUACCAACUAAGUGCAUGUGACUCAAGGACUUUUCAAUCGUCGUAAUCAAGUGACAGUUUCACAACAAUCAUCAGUGCCUCUUGUCAUCUCAAUCAUUUCUGUGGUUAUUGGCUGUUUACUGCCCGCCCACUGUCCCUCGUAACAAAAAUAUACAGUAUUUAUAAGGACUUGGGGUAAGACUGGUUGGUGGUAAUCCUUAUCAUCGACAAGAAAAGCUCAGCUGUAGGUUGGAGGGCUGACAGAAAUGUCGCCGUGACAUGUUACCCUGCAGCCACUUUUGGCGUGACUGCACCCUCUUCGCGGAAGAGUCACGACCGGUCAUUCACCAUCAUCAUCAUCUAGGAUUACAGUUCAAUAAUCCGGGGUAUCGUCUGCUGCCGACGGUAUCACUCAAACCGAACGGUAGCGGCGGAUCGCUCCCCUAUGUUCUAUGGUGGCGAACGCCUGGACCAGUUCACCAGGUCCAAGUGCCAAUCCAGCAGUUCCCCCAGCCUCAAAGUCAGAACCAACAUCAAAAUCAACAUCAACAUCAACAUCAAUCAUCCUAUCAGCAGUUCGGCUCAAUCCCUCCGAACCUGCGACAUUUCCAGACCCAGAACCGAAGACGUCAACUGGCGGGACGUCGUUACCGUGACAGCUCUGACAGUUACGACAGCCAAAAUCUUGUUCUUAGGGCGAGAUCAUCCUUCGCAGCCCGUGGCCUCGAGGGACGCCCGCAAGCUCUACUCCGUGGAAUGGAAACGAGGCUGAGCCGUAUCACGAGCAAAAAUGAAGACACGAGGUACAAAGCAGCUCAUUGCGUGAACGGUGGCGGGAGUCGCCCCGGACCCGGGGGGACCGUUCCGACGAGCGGAGCGACCGGAGGUACCAACGUAAACGGACUGGUGGGAGACCUAGGCGUGUUAGCUCCGCAAAGAGCGAACUACGUCGGAGCGGGUGUCGGGGGAGUUGGUAGCGUUCGUACCGUAGGAAGCGCGGGAAGCCCCAGACGGGGGGCUGCUCAAGAAGGUGGAGUACCUCUGUCUGUUGGACACCAUCACCAGGGUUCCGGGAGAAACUAUCGACACAAACUAUCGGCGGGCUGCGGUGAGGUCCGUCAUUCUCAUCACCAUCAUCGGCACCACCCACACUAUCGCGCCCACCAUAGGGGCAUGACCAUGGGCCAAAAGUUAUCAGGCGGCGUGAAGAGCGUGACGCGGGAAAGUGGAGCCGGUACAGGCGGCGGCGUCGGUAUCGGGGGCGGUGGUGCAGUAGCGUACAAGCCCGUGGUACCACGAGAGAUAGCUCAAGAUUUUUCCCGACCUACUAGACUCGAUGUCUUACUUGAUAUGCCUCCAGCAAGCAAAGACACACAAAUUCAUCAUGGAUGGAACGGAGAGGAUAGAAGUCUCAAUAUAUUUGUCAAAGAUGACGACAAAUUGACGUUCCAUCGACACCCAGUUGCCCAAAGCACAGACUGCAUACGAGGGAAGGUAGGAUACACGAAAGGGAUGCACGUCUGGGAGGUCCACUGGAGUACGAGACAACGAGGCACUCACGCGGUGGUGGGUGUCGCGACUGCCGAUGCGCCGCUACACAGCGUAGGAUACCAGAGCCUAGUCGGCAACAACGCGCUCAGUUGGGGUUGGGACCUCACUAGAAAUAGAUUAUAUCAUGAUUCUAAAAACUCACAGGGUGAAGUAUAUCCCUCGCUGCUCAAGCCCGAUGAAACUUUUGUUGUUCCAGACAAAUUUCUGGUUGUCUUAGACAUGGACGAAGGAACCCUAGCCUUCGUUGUGGACGGUCAGUAUCUAGGAGUAGCAUUUCGUAAUUUAAAGGGUCGCAAGCUCCACCCGAUAGUCUCAGCAGUAUGGGGUCACUGUGAGAUCACAAUGAAGUACAUCGGCGGUCUAGAUCCCGAGCCAUUGCCGCUAAUGGACCUGUGCCGACGAGUGAUCAGGCAGCGUGUGGGCAAGCACCGUCUGGAGAAGAUCCAAGAGCUGAAUCUCCCGCAAGCUAUGAAAACUUAUCUCCUGUACCGCGACAGGAGGUAACCAACAGAAGCAGAAGCAGAUGUUGAUUUAGCCACACGAACCAGCCAAACGAGCCCGUCAUCCAACCGAAUCUCUGGAGCUCUAACGAAACCACCAAAAUCAGAAGCAGAAGCACAAGCAAUUGCCAACGAGCCAGAUAACAAUGUUGUCUUCUCUAAUAAUAAAGAUAAAAAUAAUUUUAUCAUUUCGACUGCUAUCGAACCGCAUCGUUGCAACAAUACCCACCAGGACGCUCCGGGAGAUCCUCCAGGAGUUCCACUGCCCAGCGACCAAGCGUCUCAUAUAUUUAUCCACGGAAUAAAUAAUUAUUACCUAAAACUCUCAAUAGCAGCAGUGCGUCUCUAAUCUCUCAAUUUAUUAAUUAAUUAAAAAAGUAAUAUGUGUAUAAGCUUAUAUUACCAUGUCGUUAACGGUAAACUGGCGAUUAAUAAAUAAAUUAAUUAUAAUAAUAUUAAAUUGUUAGGUAAUUGUUUGUUAU